AACGGAUUCGCCAACUCAUGACCCAGAACUUCAGCGGAAAGCCGUUUCCUUGACCCUAUCGCACUGGCUCUUUUGAGUCUCUCGUUGUUGGUCUUCGUCACACUGGAGCUCUGAGAUGAGAAUGCGACACACGCCGAGUCGCUCAACACACCACUUCCUCCCAGCAUGACCCGGCUUGGCCCCUUGACUGCGCAGGCCCUAGGCCGGUCGCCGUACGACGAUGUAGUCGAAGGCUUGGGCGAAGAGGAUCCGCGGGAACCAGUACAGCAAUACGACAGCAGAGGGCGUCCGGUCAACCCAGAAACUAAGAGGCGCAACCGCGAGAUGAUCAGGGCGCACAAUGAAGUCAUGCAGGUAAUAGGCGUGGCCGAACCCGACAUGGGUCCUUCAACCGCCCAUUUCGACUCGGUGCAUCGCCAUGAGGCCUUUGAAGACAAUAUGGGCCAACGCCUACUCAGGCUGGGCCGUAUCCUCGAGGUGGGCAGUCUCUGGGGGGUUAACGGCUUGCGUGCCAGGAUCCUCAUCUACAAAAGAUACGCAGAUAUAUCCUUCUUCGACUUGUUUCGUUACGAGAGGAGUCGGGCUUCUGCGCGCAAUCUCCUUCUCGCCGGUCUACCCAUGUUCCUGGCCGGCCAUGCCUGGAAGACAUUUACUAGGGUACGAUUCAGGAGCCGUGGACCCCGAAGACCAUGGCUCAAUAGCAUCUUUGCCUACGUCCGGGUUCAUCUGCAACUGUAUGUCGCCAUGCAGAGGUUAGACAUCAUACCGGCCAGUGAGUGGCUCCCUCACUGGAGCUACUUCGUCAUCGGCUCCCCGUCAUCGCCGGUGCCCGCGCCUGCGCCACCCAAGGAUCUCGGCAUGUCCUCUCUCCUCGGCUAUGCCGGGGCCUGGUGCCUGAACGCCACGCCUUUCCUCGCCUUUGUCUUAUGGGGCCGUGUGUGGAGAAGAACGACAACUACGUUGUGGCAAGCGUUGUAUGCGCAGCUUCCCAACACCGUGCAUAACCGGCGAAUGCUUCCGCCGAUGGCCCCCCCAAUGUUCCCUCCCAUGCCCGCCGCCCCUACUGUAACCGUCACGGCCGAGACGCAACCCGAACCACAGGAGGCCCCCUCACGGCAACCUGUCGACCUACCUCCACAAACGCGGCCGGAAUUGCUUCGCGACAUCAGCGAGCAAGGCCAGCAGCAAGCCCAACAAGCUCCUGACUCUAGUGCCAGUGCCAGUGCUAGUGCCAGUGCCAGUCCCAGCGUCGGCGUCGGCGUCGGCGUUGACACACCAGCGACCCCCGCAGCACCGACCACCCCCACUUCCACCCCCACCCCAACCCCGCGACGGCCUAGCGUCUUUUCCUCCCGAGGCGGGGAGGACUACAGCACCGAGGACGAGGAGGAAGGCGGCAUCAGCGCAACACUUAUCAGCUUUGACGUCGAGGCCACCGAGUCCUCCGACGCGCCGCCGGGACUGUGGUCGGCCGAGCUCCGACCCAGCGCCGGGCCCGACGGCACCGGACCGGCCAUGAUGAUGAUGGCGAUGAUGCCGACGUACAUCGACACGAUGCUCACGCGCCUCCCGGCGUGUCUGGCGACCGACGUCUUCACCGUGAUUGCAAGCUACGUCCUCCUGGCGCCGUACGAAGCGGUGGCGCUGCGGCUGGUGGCGCGCAUGUACAGGCAACGGAUGGGGCUCCCGGCGUCGGACAUUUACGAGCCCAACGUGUUCGACGGCUUGUCCUGGCGGUUGGUGACCAACUUUGUCGGCGUCGAGUUUCUGCACCUCGUUGUGGCGGGGGAGGUUUGGGCGUUCGUGUCGAUGCUUGCGCAGGCGUUGCAUGCGACGGAGGAUGAGUGGAAGGAGAUGGAGGCGGCACAUGCGGCCCAGUUGCAGCAGCAGCAGCAGCAAGAACAACCACGACAGGGGGAACAAGAGCAAGAGCAACAGCAACGCGAAGAGGAGCAGGAAGAAAUGGAACAACAAGACAUUGGAAUGCGGGUACAGAUCGAUUUGCAGGAACGGAUCGAUCUGCAGGAACAGAUGGAAAUGCAGCAGAUGCAGGAAGAAAUCGACGAGCGAGAACGGAUCCACAUGCAAGGGCAAAUGGAGCUGCAACGACAAAUUGAACAGCUAGAGCGGGAGCUGGAGCUGGAGCCAGGGCAAAGUCUACAGGAAGAGGGAGUGCAUCCGAAUACCCAGUGAACUUUUAGUCGCCGAAUAUCGCUAUUGUUAGGGGGGGAAGCGUCAUUCUCACGCUGUUAGUGGCUUAUUUUACCACGAGAGUAAUUGUACCACCAAAACGACGGCCUAGUCAAGAAUUCAUUAAGCAUUAAGAGAGUGGCCAUCAAAGGGAGGAUAUCAUAAGAUAUCAUAACCUGAAACGGGCC